AUGGCCAACUUCAAACCCUUCGCUAUCUCUGAAAGAACACAAACGACCUCUCAGGAAACCAGCACCUCAUCUCAACCAGUGUCAAGCAUUCAUCGUGACACUAAAGUCCCCUAUCGAGUCUCGACCCCGGUAGGCUGGCUUGGGAAGCCCCGUGGUUUGGAAACAACCUCACACGCACCGAGUUCUGUCCCAAAGCCUAUUAUUGGCGAACAAUUUGUGGUGCAAGUUCCUGCUGAGUCCGUUAGUGUUCCUAUGCUUGAGGUAGAGCGCACCGGACUCAGUACAGCUCCGCCUACCUGGACAGCCUUGCCCCAGUGGAGCAUGCGUCGUUUAUUCAGCGAUAGCAAGGAAGCAAAGCUCGCGGAAAAUUUCCAGUACAAUGCCAAUAUCGCUGGAAUCAAGCGGUCCCCCUUAUUUUUCGGGCCAGGCCUCCGGUAUAUUCCAUCGGAACGCGACAAGAACAGCAAUAUCUAUCGCACUGUGGUGGUGGAGGGUUUACCCCCUUGGGUCACCGUUCACGAAGUCUUGUCCCGUGUCGAAGGCGGCAAGAUCGAAUCCGCCGUUUUGGCUGAUACCGCGGUUAUUAUGGGCGGUUACCCGACAAUGAUGAUCCGAUUUGUCCUGCAGAGCGGAGCACAGGAAUUCCUGCGUCGAACUCACGGCGCUCUCUUCCUUGGAUACUGGCCCACUCAAGUCCGUCAGGUCGGCACCCCGACCUACACCCUCGGCGAGGAAAUGGACAAGCAAAUCAACCAAUGGGGGCGUACUCGCUGCCUAAAAGUUCAUUCCGAACAUCUGGAACUGCGUGGGUAUCUGCGUCAGGUUCUAUACGAACCGGACUGGGCCGAGUGGAUUGAAUUCACGCUGGAGAAUGCCUUGGCUGGAACCAGUAUUCUCCAUUUCACAUCGAUCAAGAUGGCGAUCGUCGCGUAUGGCAUUCUGCAUUCGACUCGGCAAUUUUCCUCUGCGGAUCUUGAGUUCUGCCAUGACCCCUGUGCGGUCUAG